AUGGAAGCGGCGUGCCGGAACGCCACGGAGGAGCCGACCGAAGCCAAUCUCGUGCGGCUGCUGGAUCUGUGGUCGGCCGACUGGAAGCACCGGGGCCGCACUCGGGCGGUGGGGCCGGGGGCCUAUGAGCGAUAUGCCACGCUGGGGCUUUUCGGGCACGGCGGCGUGGUCGGGGUUUCCAAUGCCACGGGCCUGCGGGCAGCCUGUGCAGCCGUGAACAGCUUUCUCAAGAGCCGCUUUCCGAACGGCACCUGGACGUCCAUAGCUGUGCUCUUCAACCCGCGCAUGGGGCUGCACCGGGACAUUCAGAACAUGCCAGGGCACUCGAAUCACGCACUUGCUCUGGGCGAGUGCACAGGAGGGCGGGUGUGGAUCGAAGAUGACGAGGGGGACUCCACGGCAUGGCUGGCCGACAAGAAAGGGGAGCGGGAGCUGCGGGGGCGGUGGCUGGACAUGCACGACAAGCCGGGCAGCAUGUGGGCGCUCGCUGCUUACGUUCCGCAAGCCUAUGCUCGGGCAACGGAGCAGCACCGAGAGGCACUGAGAGAAGCGGGCUUUCCGCUGCCUGCAUCAUGA